AUUAAACAUUUGUCUUUCUACUGAACUGAAGUGAAUAAUUACAAGCUAGAAUGAAAACUAAAAUCGUAAUCGUGUUGAGUUGCCUCAUUGCUUCAGCAUUAGGUAAUUUGCUCUUUUUGGACGACAAUUACGUUAAUCGCGUUGUUGGUGGUCACGAAGCAGCUGCUGGUUCAGCACCAUACCAGGUGUCAUUGCAAGGGGUUUUCGGACAUUCAUGUGGAGGAGCUGUUAUUGGUGACCGAUGGGUUUUGACAGCAGCCCAUUGUGUCGUUGGGGCUAGUGUAUCGCAGCUGCAAGUUUUAGUUGGAACCAACAGUCUUAAAGAAGGCGGCCAGAAAUAUAAGGUGGAACAAUUCGUAGUCCAUAGCCGGUACAAUAAGCCAAACUUUCACAAUGACAUCGCUUUGGUUAAACUAAAGUCAAAACUAGAAUUUAGCGAUACCGUUAGUGCUGUCGAGUAUUCGGAAAAGGUAGUUGCAGAAAAUGCAACCCUAACGUUGACUGGUUGGGGUAGAACAUCUACGAAUGGACCAAUACCCACUAAACUACAGACAAUUGAUCUCAAAUACGUUCCCUAUGAAGAGUGUAAGCGUCUGCAUGGUAACGGACCGGAAGUAGAUAUUGGACACGUGUGCACCUUCAACAAAGCAGGAGAGGGUGCUUGCAACGGGGAUUCCGGCGGCCCACUGACGUACGAAGGAAAGCUUGUUGGAGUGGUAAACUUUGGAGUUCCAUGUGCUAAAGGUUUUCCAGAUGCAUUUGCUCGAGUUUCCUACUAUCACGAUUGGAUUCGUACAAAUGUGAAGAAUAACUCGUAAUAAUUCAAUCAACCUGUAUUUCUUUCGACUCGGCUAUCCUUAAAAAAAAUUAUCUGCUAGCAAAUAAAUUUGAAUAAGUAAAUCAUGAUAACGUAAGCAAAGACUUUUUAAAAUAAAAUUUAAGAGAGAUAACCAGUGCUGGGUACCAUUCCAAAUCGGUCAUUAGCAGUGGUGGGCACCGCUAACCGAAAACUUAGCGACGCUAAUCGCUAAGCCGCUAACCGGAAAAUUUAGCUCGAUAAUCGCUAAACGCUAAACCCACAUUAGCGGAACUCUCGCUAAUGGCUAAUCGCUAAAUUAUCAAUAUGUAAAUAUAUUUAUUGCACGUGUUUUGUAAAAUUUGGACCACUUCGAUCUAUUGUGGUGAAACAAGCGAAAACAAAUACUUCCUAGAGCUAUUUACAAUAAGAGGUUUACAAAACAGUGUUCAUACUUGAUUUUGUAAAAACAGACAAAA